AUGUCGAGGGAUUCAUCAAGCGAAGCGGAUGAUUUGCAACCUCCCAGCAUCGUAUAUUCCCCUGCACUAUCGUUCCACGAUGAUAACUCACCGAAUCCUAGCGAUUCCGAAGGAUAUGAUGGAGAUGAGGAAGACACGGGAAUCAUGAGAGCGUAUGUGAAGAAGAAAGAUGCACCUGGAGCGCAGAUGAAAAAGAAGGUACAGAAGGAUUUGAAAAGAAAAAGGGAAUUAAAAGAAAUGCCAGAGGGCCGGUCGGAAUCAAUUUAUUCCAUGGUAGAGGACGAAUCAGCAAAGGAUCAAGAUACUCUAAAUCAAAAUGCUCCAAAUCGAGCCAGUGGUCAUCGCGCGGAGAAUUAUCAGGUGACUCACGAUGGAGUGGUAGUGAAAGCAGACAGACGAUGGAGUGGUGUGGUCGACGGGAGAUCAAUACUUACCUCAUCGUUCAAUGAAGCCAACUUUAAUGGGGCAAUGGUUGAAUCAGUAGUUGAUCAGGUACUUCUAGAGCAAAUAAACGGGGGGCGCCAAGAUUAUUCUUCAAUACCAGAUGGGAGAAUAUUAGAAGGAGAAAAUGGCUCAGAGACCGCUCAACUUCCCUCGGAAACGGGCGAAUAUGAUAUAGCCUCGAACUCGGCCUCUUCAAGGGAAGAUUUUGAAUACACUCCGAGAUCCGCGCCGAUAAAAAUACCAAAACCGGCAAAUUUUCCAUGUCGAGUUCCUCGAUCAAUUCUACACCAUGAUGAUGUGGAACCGGUAAGAGCAAGGAAUGGAUGGGGCCAAGCCAAGUCACGCACUAACAGAAUAAGUCCGGAGCAACCAUCACGGGUUAAUGCUUCGUUAUUUGGUCAUGAGUUGGAGCCAAAACCAACACCGCGUAUUAUGACUGAAGGACUUGGAGCGACAAAGGUAUUAUACGAGAAGCUGGAAGAUAUAUCUUACAAACAGAAGAAGUCUUAG